CAUAGGCGUUAAUUCUCGAUGUAAACAGAAGUGAGAACAAAAGUCUGUGGUUUCAGGAUUUCUGCUAAAAUAAUCUCAGAUAUGGAACAAAGACAGUCUUGCUAUAUGAAUGCUUAAUUUGAUCUACUGUUAACGUCCUGUAUGUGGCUGGGCCUGUAGCCUGCGCUGUUUUGGGCACGAUCACCAGAGCCAGGCGGGCUUCUGGGGCCUCUUCCCACAAGCCACACCCAGCCCACUGCUCCCCUGACCCACUGUUCCUUAUGCUAACCCUUCUGAGCAUGUUUUACUAUAUCUGUCUGCGGCGCCGGUCCAGGAGCGGAACCCGGGGUGAGGCGCUGACCAGCAGGCGCGCCGUGGAGUCAGGCCAGCGGGCUACCCUGCCCAUCAGCGUGGAGGUGGACCAGUAUGCCAAAGAGGUGCUGGACUUCAGCUCCCACUACGGCAGUGAGAACAGCAUGUCGUACACCAUGUGGAACCUGGCCGGCAUACCCAACGUCUACCCCAGCUCUGGGGACUUCACCCAGACGGCCGUGUUCAGGGCCUACGGGACGUGGUGGGAGCAGUGUGCCAGCGCGCCGCUGCCCUUCCGCCGCACGCCCAAGGCCUUCCACAGCCAGGACUACGUCGAGCUGGCCUUCGAGGAACCCGUCUAUCCCACAGCUGUGGAGGUGCUGGAGACCUACCACCCGGGGGCUAUCGUCCAGAUCAUGGCCUGCUCCCUCAACCCCUUCUCCCAGAACCCUCCCACCGACGUCCGGUGGGAGGUGUUGUGGGCUGAGGAGCCCACCAAGGUGCUGACCCCCCAGGCCAGGCAGUUCUCCCCCAGCAUCAAGCAGCUGAGCUUCCCCACCAACUUGAUCCGCGUGGAGGUCAACAGCUCCCUGCUAAAGUACUACACGGAGCUGGACGCCGUUGUCCUGCGCGGCCAGAAAGAGAGGCCCAUCCUCUCCCUUUAUAAGAUGCCCAGGAUCGAUAUCUGUGACCUGAGUGACAGCGAUGAGGAGCUGUCUGACCCGGGAGCCUCGAUCAGACGGGCCGGGGAUGGCAAGCACGUGAACCUGGGUAAUGGAUACUUUGAUAAACUGCCCUACGAGUUGAUCCAGCUGAUAGUUAGCCACUUGACCCUGCCCGACCUGUGUCGCCUGACCCAGACCUGUAAGCUACUCCACCAGCACUGCUGUGACCCCCUCCAGUACAUCCAGCUGAGCCUGCAGCCAUACUGGGCUCGCCUCAGUGACACCUCCCUGGGCCACCUGCAGGGCCGCUGCACCCUGCUCCAGAGGCUCAACCUCUCCUGGACCGGCAACCGUGGAGCCCUCACCCUCACUGGCUUCAGCAGCUUCAUGAAGGCGUGUGGUGGGAGCCUGGUGUGUCUGGAGCUGUCGUGUUGUCACUUCCUGAGUGAACCGUGUCUGGAGGUCAUCUCGCAGACGUGUCCCGGGCUGCAGGAGCUCAACCUGUCCUCGUGCGACCGCCUCCACCCGCAGGCCUUCACACACAUCUCCAAGCUCACCCGCCUGCGCAGGCUAGUGCUCUACCGCACMAAGAUAGAGCAAACAGCCAUGUUGAGCAUCCUAACCUUCUGUAUUGAGCUGAGACACCUCAACCUGGGGAGCUGUGUGAUGAUAGAGGACUAUGACGUGGUGGCCAGCAUGCUGGCUGUCCGCUGCCGCUCACUGCGCUCCCUGGACCUGUGGCGCUGCAGAAACCUGACGGAGCGUGGCCUAGCCGAGCUGGCUGCAGGAUGCAGAUUACUAGAGGAGCUGGACCUGGGCUGGUGCUCCACACUGCAGAGCAGCUCGGGCUGCUUCCAGCACCUGGCCCGCAACCUGCAGUGCAUGAGGAAGCUCUUCCUCACCGCCAACCGCACCGUGUGCGACUCGGACAUUGAGGAGCUGGCUGCCAACUGCCCCGCACUGCAGCACCUCGACAUACUGGGCACCCGGAUGGUAAGCUCCUCCUCCCUGAGGAAGCUGCUGCAGGCGUGUCCGAAGCUGCUCCUCCUGGACGUGUCCUUCUGCGCGCAGGUGGACGCCCGCAUUGUCCAAGAGCUCUGCGGACUCUUCCCCAAYGUGGCCAUCAAGAAGAGCUUUACCCAGUGACCUCACCCAGCCACACCCUCACACGGGCAGUGACACAGGGACGCCAGGGGGAGGCACUACUUUUGACUAGUGGGGUGGAGUAUUACUGGAUACCCAGUGGCUAGAAUGAAUUGGUCUGAUGGCUGAGAGCACUGAGGCCUAUUAUAAUAUGGACUGAAUGGUUAGGAGUGUUGUGUUGUGGUGACAUGAGCAUCAGCUGACACACCUCACCUACAUCUCAAACA